CUUUCACGGUCGAUACUUGCAAAGCGCUCCACUGCUGCCAACAUUGCAAACAUGGACGCAAAGCCACAACGUCCCAUGCGAGCGCUUCGCAUCCGCGAUGAAAACGCGCAACCUCAAUCCCAAGCCGGAAAGACGAUCCAUCAACGCAACAAGUCCACGCCUGCUCUUUCGACACUGGCUCAGCUCGGCGGUCUCAAGGCCAAUGGCGUCAAGCGACAAGCAUUCGCCGAUGUUAGCAACGUUACCCGACAGGUUGUCAAGGACGACAUGCAGGUGCCGGGGAAGACAAAGGAGAGCAUCGUCGUCAAGGACAUCGCCGUCAAGGAGGCACAAAAGCCCACUGCUCUACUCCGACCUGCCCAGCGUCCUCUCUCCCACGCCGCUUCAAAAGCAAAUCUCACUACCAACUCUGGCGCUGUUGCCUCUGCUGUGCCAAAACAUGCUGUGCUAGACUCCAUCCACAUCCCCAAGGUCAUCUCUAAGAAGGCUACCGCCAUCUUUCGCGAAACGCGCUCGGAUCCUGUGCCAGAGGCCUCGACCGUGCCGGUCAUCUCGCAGCAGCCUUCCAAGACCACACUUGACAUGCCAAACACCACGCGUGGUACUUCAUAUAGCGUCAAGGCACCCGCACACGAGGAACUGGCUCCUCUCGUUCCUGUCGAGAAGGCCCAUGCUAGGAAACCUGCCCAGGUAGAAGAGCCCGCUGCAAACAUUGAGAUUCAACAGACGCGUGAGUACGUCGACGCCCUCGAGAAGAAGGCGCGUGUAAUCGAACAAGAACGAAACGACGAAUUGGCCAACGUCCACAAGCUAUCCGGAGGCGAAUUGGAAGAGGACUGGGACGAAGACGAAGACGAGGAGUACUACGAUGCUGAUGGCUACACUACCACACACACCAUGAGGUCUCGUAUGGGUGACACAACCGGCGGAGUCACACUCAACCUUGCUCCUCGUGUGACAGUGAAGACCAAGCGUGAACUGGAAGCCGCCAAGAAGUGGGUCGAAGAGAACAAGUCCAACGAAGAUGUCGAAGACGAGCUGUGGGAUACUUCCAUGGUCGCGGAAUACGGGGAGGAGAUCUUCGAGUACAUGCACGUCCUCGAAGAGAAACUGAAGCCAAACUCUACCUACAUGGACCUCCAAGCUGAAAUCCAGUGGUCUAUGCGCUCUGUCCUGAUGGAUUGGCUGGUCCAGGUUCAUAACCGAUUCACCUUGCUCCCAGAGACUCUUUUCCUCGCCGUCAACUAUGUCGAUCGGUUUCUUUCUGCCAAAGUGGUCUCCUUGGGCAAGCUCCAGCUGGUUGGUGCCACCGCGCUUUUCCUUGCUGCCAAGUAUGAGGAGAUCAACUGCCCCUCUGUCCAGGAGAUUGUCUACAUGGUCGACGGCGCUUAUACUGGCGAAGAAGUUCUCAAGGCUGAGCGCUUCAUGUUGAGCAUGCUCCAGUUCGAGCUUGGCUGGCCUGGUCCGAUGAGCUUCCUCCGCCGUAUCAGCAAGGCCGACGAUUACGACCUCGAGACCCGAACUCUUGCUAAGUACUUCUUGGAAAUCACCAUCAUGGACGAGCGGUUCGUGGCUUGUGCUCCUAGCUUCCUUGCCGCCGCUGCACACUGCCUUGCGCGUUUCAUGCUGAAGAAGGGCGAAUGGACGCAAGCUCACAUCCACUACUCUGGAUACACGCUCUCCCAACUCCGCCAGAUCUUGUCCGUCAUGCUCGAAUGCUGUGAUAACCCUCAAAAGCACCACGCCGCCGUGUACGACAAGUACCAGGACAAGCGAUACAAGCGUGCUUCCACCUUUGUCGAGACAGAACUCCAGCGAGGAUUCCAAAUUCCAAUCACAUCUCGCGAGAGCCUUGCUGGCCAGACUCAGUCAUGGCGCAGAAAGUGA